AGUCAACGGAGCUGCAGCUGCCUUGCUGAGUUGAAAGCUCCACAAGGAUUAAAGCAAAGACCCGGAAAGGAAAGAAGGUUCUCUUCCUCCCAUUUUCUGUUUCACUCCUGUAAAAAUUUACCUUUUGCAGAAAUUAAGUCUUCAAAGAAGAGGUCUUUUUGUUGUCAGGCCCUUCAAAGAAAGGGUCAAGACUUGGGACUUGGGAGAGGAGUCUUCAUCCUCCCUACAAACUCAAAGACAAAAUUUUUCAGGUUACAACUUUCCAAAUUGAUUACCCAGGAGAAAAAAAGAAGAGAAAAAGUAGAAAGGAAAUUCCAUUUAGUCCUACUUUUGAAAUUUAUUUUUUCUAUUUCUGAAAGGGUUCUGUGGUGGACUGAUUGCUAAUUUUCCCGGGAAAAUUGGGUGCAUUUUCCUAGAAAAUUGUGGUGAGAAGAGUGAUGGUGCUGUGAGUUUUGGUGGGCUGGGCAUGAACUCUUUGUCAGGUUUUUUUAUUACAAACGAUAUUAUUGCUCUAAAAUACACUAAGGGAAGGCGAAGGGGGAGGGUUUGAAGCCGGAGUGCAGCGGGUUGAAGAGGAAGGCCCUAUUAUUGCUAGUGAUUGAAGCUGAAAGCAGGCAUAUAGAGAUCAGAAGCUUGAGGUUGUUGUCCUGCAACAGGGCAACUGCUGUUUUUAUCAGUUGAGUAGUCAAAUGGUAAAUGAGGAUCUCACUUCCUAGUGUUGGUGAGAAUCAAAAUGUUCGCAGUAGACUUGGUUUCCAGUGUUGCGUCUGCUCCGGCUUCAGAAAUAAUUUCUCAAACAGUAGAGGCCAUUUUUGAAAUUGCAGCUGCUGCUGGGGAUGUCCUUGUUAAGAAGGAUACAUUUAAAGAGGUUUCAACUUAUGUGGAAAGGAUAGUCCCCAUCUUAAGGGAGUUGAACAAGAAAUCUAUUCUUCAUUCUGAGAGCUUAAACAAUGUUAUGGUGAUUCUUAACCGAGAAAUCAGAGCCGCAAAGCAACUGACCCUUGAGUGCAGGAAGAGAAACAAAGUGUAUCUCUUAAUCCAUUGCCGAACAAUAGUUAAGCGCCUAGAAGAUACUAUGAAAGAGAUCAGUCGGGCUUUAGGUCUUCUUCCCCUGACUUCUCUAGAUCUUUCAUCUGGCAUAGUUGAAGAAAUUGAAAAGCUUUGUGAUAAUAUGCAGCGAGCUGAGUUCAGGGCAGCAAUAGCAGAAGAAGAGAUUUUGAACAAGAUCGAGUCUGGAAUACAGGAGAGAAACGUUGAUCGUUCUUAUGCAAAUAAUUUGCUGGUUCUUAUAGCACAGGCAAUCGGAAUCUCAACUGAGAGGUCAGUGUUAAAGAAGGAAUUAGAAGACUUCAGGAGUGAGAUAGAAAAUGCUCGGCUGAGGAAAGACCAGGCUGAAGCUAUACAAAUGGAGCAAAUAAUUGCUUUAUUAGAAAGAGCUGAUGCAACUUCAUCUUCUAAGGAGAAAGAAAUGAAAUAUAUGAUGAAGCGGAAAUCGUUGGGGUUUCAACUAUUGGAACCGCUUCAGUCAUUUUAUUGUCCAAUCACCAGGGACGUUAUGGUGGACCCUGUGGAAACUUCUUCUGGACAGACAUUUGAGAGAAGUGCUAUAGAAAAGUGGUUUGCUGAUGGGAACAAAUUGUGCCCCCUGACCAUGACUUCUUUGGACACAUCAAUUUUGCGGCCCAAUAAAACUCUUCGGCAAUCCAUAGAAGAAUGGAAGGACAGAAAUUCGAUUAUUACGAUUGGUUCCUUGAAAUCAAAACUCCAAUCUGAAGAAGAAGAAGAAGAAGUGCUUCAUUGCCUGGGUGAUUUACUAGAUCUCUGUAAACAAAGAGAAUUGCAUAAGGAAUGGGUCAUACUAGAGAACUACAUACCGAUUCUCAUUCAACUUCUUGGUGUUAAAAAUCCCGAGAUAAGGAACAAUGCUCUUGUCAUCCUUUGCAUUUUGGUGAAGGAUAGGGAUGAUGCGAAGGAAAGAAUCGCCAAAGUUGAUAACGGUAUUGAAUCUAUUGUUCGUUCACUUGGGCGCCGUGUUGAGGAAAGGAAGUUAGCAGUUGCACUACUUUUGGAGUUAUCAAAAAAUAAUUUGAUAAGAGAAUGUAUUGGGAAGGUUCAAGGUUGUAUACUCUUAUUAGUUACCAUGUCCAACAGUGACGAUAAUUGGGCUGCCAGAGAUGCACGAGAGCUACUGGAGAAUCUGUCAUUCUCUAAUGAGAAUGUUGUACAGAUGGCGAAGGCAAACUAUUUUAAACAUUUGCUGCAGCGUCUCACUACAGGACCGGAAGAUGUAAAAAUGAUUAUGGCAUCAAAUUUGGCGGAGAUGGAAUUGACCGACCACAAUAAAGAAUCUUUGGUUCAAGGAGGAGUAAUGGGUCCGCUUCUUUACAUGGUCGCACAUGGUGACAUUCCAAUUAAAAUGGUGGCUGUUAGAGCUCUUAGAAACCUCUCAAGCUUGCCUAAAAAUGGUAUACAGAUGAUUCGAGAAGGUGCUGAACGCCCAUUACUUGACCUUCUUUUCAAUCUUAGUUCGUCAUUGUCAAGUUUGCGUGAAUACAUAGCAGCCACAAUUAUGCAACUCUCCAUUUCAAUGGCGUCUCAAGAAUCCAACCAGACACCCAUCAUUUUGGAAUCAGAUGAAGAUAUUAUCAAGCUUUUCUCUUUGAUUAGCGUGAUGGGGCCCAAUGUACAGCAAAGCAUCAUUCGGACCUUCCACGCCUUAUGUCAAUCCCCCUCCGCUACAAGUAUCAAGACCAAGUUGAUACAGUCCUCAGCUGUACAAGUAUUGGUUCAGUUGUGCGAGCAUGAUGACCUAAACCUACGAGCAAGUGCUGUAAAGCUGUUCUCUUGCUUAGUAGAAGGCAACAGUGAAGUCACCACCAUCCUGGAGCAUGUGAAUCAGAAGUGCAUUGAGACUAUAAUCAAGAUCAUCAAAACUUCUGAUGACGAAGAGGAGGUCGCUUAUGCAAUGGGCAUUAUCUCUAACCUUCCCGAAAACACCGAGAUCACACAGUGGCUUAUGGAUGCUGGGGCACUACCUGUCAUACUCAGUUUUCUCCAGAAUAGCAAGGAGAAUGGUCCCCAUAGAAAUCAGUUGACAGAGAAUGCUGUUGGAGCCAUUUGUCGGUUCACUGCUCCAACAAACUUGGAAUGGCAAAAGAGUGCAGCUGAAACUGGCAUUAUACCGUUGUUCGUACAUUUGCUGGAGUCUGGAACUUCAUUGACAAAGGAACGUGCAGCCAUAUCUCUUUCUCGAUUUUCAAAGAGUUCACCACGUUUGAGCCGGUCUUUACCUAACCGCAAAGGAUUCUGCUGCUUCUCGGCCCCACCAGAAACUGGAUGCCCUGUUCAUGGAGGAAUCUGUGGCAUUGUUUCAUCAUUUUGCCUUGUGGAGGCUGGUGCAGUGGGGCCACUGGUUAGGAUUCUUGGGGAACCUGAUCCCGGAGCUUGUGAGGCUUCUUUAGAUGCACUAUUAACUUUAAUCGAAGGUGAGAGACUGCAGAUGGGUAGUAAGGUGCUUACAGAUGCAAAUGCCAUCCCACCUAUAAUAAAAUUUCUUGUUCACCCAAACCCUAGAUUGCAAGAGAAAGCCUUAUAUGCUCUAGAAAGAAUGUUCCGGUUGCUGGAGUUUAAACAGAAGUUUGGAGGCUCAGCUCAGAUGCCUUUAGUCGACUUAACUCAGCGUGGAAGUGGUAGUGUGAAAUCUAUGGCAGCCAGAAUACUUGCUCACCUGAACGUGCUUCAUGAUCAGUCUUCUUAUUUCUGAAGGAGCUUCGUGGUUUCAGCUACGUGUCAUUGAUUUGAAGAUCAAGCAUUAACUCACCCUUAUGCUUCAACUUCACAAUGACUACUAAAAACACGGGGCUGGCCAUGCAUAGCUAGACAUGGGGCCCUUCAUAUUAGAGUGCAGAGCAUGGCUCUCUGGUCAGUAUGCCAUUAUCUAACUUUCAGUGACGUGUGAUCGGAGGGAUGCAAUUUAAUUUGUCUUGACGUGGGGUUGCAGUCUCAAGAUGCGAAAUGACAAUUAAAAUUCAGCUGCUCUUGCAUAGAAACUAAGCUGUUGGAGCAGUAGGAAGUUCGUUUCUGUCAUACAUAAGGUACUGCCGGAAGUUGGUUUCCGCUUGUGUAUUUGAAGCUUGCUUUGUAUGUUGGCGUAGGGAGAAGAGAGAUCAUUGCAAGGCACCACCGGUUGCCUGGUAAGGGAAGCUGAGGUCAUUUUUUUGGACAAAAAAUUGAAUUCUUUUUUCUACUAUAGGAUGUGGAUUCUUUCUUGUGUAUACAUAGGAAAUGUUAAAAAAAUUUGCAGUAAAAUUUUCGAGUAAAUUGUGCCCUUUGAAUCCA